CCUGCAGCUUUCUCAAUUCAUCGUCUUCUUCCUCAUUAUUCCACUAGGAACUAAAAUCUUAAACAUGACUUACGUUUCUUAUCCUUAUCAAUCUUUUGUCUAUUUCGCCAUUGGCACAUACAGAACAAUACUGUAUUCUUCACAGAUUCUGAUAAUGCUUCAGCCACGUGUCAGCACUUGCACCUCUUAAUCAAACACACGACUUCGUCUGUUCUCACUGAAAAUCUAGUACUACCAUUAUUAAUUUGUUCGCUACCCCAUUAUUUGCUUAAACAAAGACAACCUAUCACACUGGAGUAGUAGGCAUGGCUAGUUUUCUUGAUCUAUUCAAGGUCUCAUUUCUAUGGAGUCUGCUCUCAAUUGGAUCAAAUUUGGGCACCUUGAAAGGAAGUUCAAGUGGCCAUGUUGGUGUAUUUCCUCCUACAUGCAAUCGGAUAGAGUGUCCGAGUUUUGAUGUGAUUCAUUCGGGAAAUGGGUUCGAAAUUCGACAGUACAAUUCGCCAGUGUGGAUGUCAACCUCUCCCAUUGAUGAUAUUUCGUUUGUGGGUGCGACUAGAACUGGUUUCUUGCAGCUAUUUGACUACAUUCAAGGCAAGAAUGAAUAUCAGCAGCAAAUAGAAAUGACAGGUCCAGUGAUUACAGAAGUCAAACCUAGUGAUGGACCAUUCUGUGCAUCAUCUUUUGUCGUGAGUUUCUUUGUUCCAAAGGAGAACCAAGCUAACACGCCGCCUGCUAAAGGGCUCCAUGUGCAGAGAUGGGGGCAAACCCAUGUAGCACUAAGGCAGUUCAGCGGAUUUGUGGCUGAUGAAGAUGUUGGUAAGGAAGCUGCAUCCUUGUAUAACAGCAUUGCUGGAACCAUUUGGUCAGAUGCCAUUGACAAAAGCCAUGCAGGAGAGAACACAACUUUGUAUAUUGUCGCACAAUACAACUCUCCUUUCGAGUUUGAGAACAGAGUAAAUGAGAUUUGGCUGACAUUUGACAUGAAUGAAGAUGAGAUUUAAGAAAGUAAAGUUUCGUGACCUCUUGAACCUGGAGACGUAAUUCAAGAAUAGCUGGAUUGCAUCUAAUUUGGUGUUGAAUUAUUCAACAUCUAUUUAACUCUCUUUCUAGUAAUAGCUACCAUAUUCGAAAUAAUGCUGUAACUAGAUCCUACUGAACUUUAAGUGUGUGCUAUGUGCUAUCAGAAUAAGUUUGUCCUGUUUUCGCAAUGAAGUUGAGGUGCCUAUGAGAGUGUAUGAAAUGGACUCGGCAUAUUUACAUGA